AUGGCGAUGAGGAAAAGCAACAAUACAAAGAUAGAUCAAAGUGAAAGUACUCUUACCGGUAGUGGCGGAUUGAGGAGAGAUAAAGAGCAGGUGGAAGACGGAAGGAGCGUUGAGAAAAAUGAUAGUGGGCUGUGGAGAUUAAACGCGGAGAAGAAGCGCGGCUGCUACGGCAAUUGGCGACCAAAAGAACACUUCGCAGAUUUUCGAGCCCGCAAAAGUUACAGUGCUCCCGAUGCCCGUUUUUCCUCCCACCGCCCUGAGUUUUCCCUCCUUUUUCUCCUCCUCCGGCUUCGCCGGAGGAUCAUGGCAUCUACUCCCUCCCCCUCGGAUUUUCCUCCUCUCCCAGGUGGAUCCUCCUCUCCUUCGCCGCCUAAUCGUCUUUGGAAGCAUUUCUUUGCGCCCACAGUUUCUAACCCGUCCGACCUCCACUUCACCUUUCACCCCUCGGAGCCCGAUAUAAUACCUUUUUCUUGUGAGAAGCUUGCUAAAGGCACUGAAUCCUGUAACCUUUCUUUAGUGGGUUACUCGAUUGGUCGCAGGCCUUUCUAUGAAGCUUUACUUGGUUUUAUGAAGAAAACAUGGGCACUCAAAGGAUCUUUGCAACUCCUCUCCCUAAGCGAUGGCUUCUUCUUGCUUUGCUUUACAUGUUUUGAAGACUAUGACAAGAUCUGGGCUAAAGGCGUUUGGUUCCUAUUAGGUAAGCCAUUCAUUCUUCAUAAAUGGCACCCGAAGUUCAAGCCCGUGAAAGAGGACUUCUCAUCUGUCCUGAUUUGGAUUAAAAUCCAUGAUUUACCACUAGCUUGCUGGAACUCGGAGGGUAUUUCCAGAAUCGCAAGCAAGGUGGGUAUCCCUGUAGCUGCUGAUAACCUUACUUCUCAACGAACAAGACUCACUUUUGCCAGAGUUUGUGUUCUGGUUGAUAAGGAUUCCAAGUAUCCUGAAGAAAUUGAUGUGUCGCUAGAUGGAGAUGUUAUAUCGCUGAAAGUUCAGUACGAGUGGAGGCCUUCGCCCUGUAUUCAUUGUAAGUCUUUAAUUCAAUUCUCUGCCUCUUUCCCGAGCAACCCACAGUCCUCUUUCGUCCAAACCGAGCAUCCACACGUAGCUGUUUCUAAAGAACGUCAAAAUAGAGGAAGAAGCUUUAGCAGAAAACCAAACUUUAGAAGAAAUUCUACCCCUCGAUCUUCUCCUAUGGCGAGUAAGGAAUUUAUACCUCACUCCUCCCCCCAAGUUCUCAAUGAUAAUGUUGUAAAACCGAAAGACAACCCCAUCUCUAACUGCUUCGGACAAACUCUUCACUACCAUCCUCACUCUCCUACUGCUCCUCCAUCCUCUAAAGACCAUGAUCCUCCUCCUGGUCUGGACACCUUAGACAAUGUGAUAGAUAAAGGUAAAGAUAUUAUCGAAGCAACACCCAUCUCAAACUUGAAUUCGCCCAAUGUUGAUGAUUUUCCAGCUCCCACCAAUGUUGAGGAUUUCCCACAGCAGCAGGACUCGUUCUCCUCUUCGGACACUCUUGCUACAGGUGAUAAGUCGGAGUUAGGCAAGAAUCUAAAAGGGAAGCAGAAUCAAGCUUCCAGUUUGGGUACCAAAAAGAAACCUGCUAGGGGAAGCAGGGUAAAAAACCUCCUCCGCACCUUUUCUCCUGAUGUCUCUGCCAUCCUUGGCUGCUUGGAAUAUCAGGGGCUGGACAUGUUAUACAUUCUUGAGAAUAGAAUCCUCCUCUCUACUCUCCAGGACCCCUCCUUUGAACUUGCCCAGACCAUUUUUCCCUCUGAAUGUAGCUGUCACAACUUCGACCUCUCUUCGUCGGGUAGAAUCUGGGUGAAAUGGAAUGCCUCAAAGAUUCAUUUUCAGCCAUCUACCAUCACUCCUCGGCUUAUUUCGGGUAUGGUUCAUGCUGGUAGUGAUGAUCGUCUGUCCCUUUGGUCGCUCAUCACUAACUCUGACCCUCUUGUGACAUCCCCUGGAUUCUGUUGGGAGACUUCAACUGCUGUUGGCAAUAAACUUACUUGGUUCAAUCAACGUAUGGAUUCUCCCAUACAUAUUAAGUUGGACAGAGCUUUAGUUAAUGUUUCUUGGGGCUCUCAUUUCCCCAACUCUUUUUGUUCUUUCCAGAGCCCCGUUUGCUCGGACCAUUGUCCUGUCAUUCUUCAUCCAGGUGAUGUCGCUAGCAUACAUCACAGGCAGUUUAAAAGUGCUGUUAAGAAGGAAAAUUGGGCUCAUUACUCUAACAUUAAUGCACAACUGAGUAAUCUUCAUAGGGAACAAGAUUUCUGGAUGGCUAAAAUACAGCAAGAUCCCCUCAACAGCCUCUUCAAUGCCUCCCUCAAAGAUAUUAACUGUAAAAUUGUGAAUCUUUCGAGUAUGAUGGCCUCGUGGGUAGCUCAAAGAGCAAAAGUUAACUGGCUAAAGCAUGGGGAGGAUGAUUUGAAAUUUUUGUAUGCUAAAAUCAGGAGUAGAAGGAGUAAAAUGCAAGCGGCUAAUAACCUGUGUCAUUCCAAUUUUAAUUUAGAGGGCAUUCAAGACAUUAUACGUCAUUUUCAAGAGCUAUACAAUCCUACUUUGUCUAAUCAGGAGAACUUAGUCAUUCAUCCCAUUGGCUCUUGCAUUCCUGAAUGUCUUAUCCCCUCUCUUACCCUGUCGGUUAAUACUUGUGAGAUAAGAAAGGCUGUUUUCUCCGGAUCUUCCACCUCCUCUCCUGCUCCAGACGGGUUCAACUUCCAUUUCUACAAAUCCGGGUGGACUAUCAUUGGUCCUCUUCUUAUCAAAGCGGUCAGCUCUUUUUUCUCUAAAGGUUUUAUGCCUAGGGGGGUGAAGACCACUGCACUUGCUCUUAUUCCUAAGCACAAUCAUGCUUCUGUUAUUUUCGAUUUCCGCCCUAUUGCUUUAUGUAAUGUUAUUUAUAAAAUUAUUGCCAAGAUUAUUGCAAACAGGUUAGCUCCCAUCAUGUCCAGCAUUAUUAGCAACAAUCAAGCUGGAUUUGUCAAAUCCAGAGUCUCUAUUGAUAACAUAUUGCUAGCUAAAGAAAUUUUGGCUACCUGUUCCAAAAAGGGACAAAAACCUUUCUGUGCUAAAAUUGACAUUCGGAAGGCUUUUGAUACUGUUUCUGGAAGAUUUCUUACUGAUAGGUUGUAUCAGAAAGGUUUUCUUCACAAAGUGGUGAAUUGGAUUAAGGCUUGUAUUAAUGAUGUGAACUUUUCCAUCAUUACAAAAGGUGCUUUAGAGGGAUAUUUUCCUUCUUCCGCUGGUUUGAGGCAAGGUUUCCCCCUUAGUCCAUUACUUUUUUGUAUAGCUAUGGAUGCAUUUUCUGCCUCCCUGGAUGAUGGAGGUUUCAAAGGCUUCUCCUUUGAUGGCUAUAACAUCAGCCAUCUACUUUAUGCUGACGAUGUUCUCAUUUUUGGGGAAGCAAACGUUGACAAUUGCAACAUUCUCACUAGAGUCCUUAACUCUUUUGCAAAUUCCUCUGGUCUUCACAUCAACCUUGGAAAAAGCUGUUUACCCUCCAUUAAUGCUAUUGUUUUUGCUUACAACUGUGCUGUAAUUUCGAGAAUGUAUAAUUCCACCUCUCUCUUCUCCACCUGGUUGCGGAAACUCUAUAUUUCUCCCUGGAGACCUCCCAAUUCUCAUGCUACAAAGUUUUGGAAAUCUAUUUGCAACACUGCUGUUAUUGCAAAGUCUUACUUUAAAUUUAGAAUAUCUGAACUGGCACCUUUCUCUAUUCUUUGGGACCAUUGGUGUAAUGAUGCUACUUUAUCGGAUACGGUUAUUGGUGAUUCUAUUCUGAAUGAUUUAAGUGAGGAUGCCACUGUUAGUUUGAUUAUCUCGGGGAAUAGCUGGGUUCUCCCGGAUAAUUUAUUUCCCUAUAUUAAGAAUAUUAUUACUGCCAAUUAUAUUCACCAAAACUCUGACAUUUGUUUAUUGUGGGAAAAUGCCGGCAUUGGUUACUUCAGUACUUACAUUAAUGGUUUUUAUAAGCAGGAAAAUGUUUGUACUUGGGCUCAUCUUAUUUGGCAUACUAAAUCUGUGUUGAGAUACUCUGUCUUCUCUUGGAUGUCUGUGCUGGGAGCGUUGAAAAUAGCAGAUGCUUUACUCAAGAGAAAUAUUUUGGUUCCUCCCUCAUGUGGGUUAUGCCAUGCUGUUCCUGAAUCUACUUCUCUCUUGUUUUUUGAAUGCUCUUACUCUUACUCUGUCAUUUCCCGUCUACUGCCUAUCGCCAAUGGUUCUCUUCAAAGUGCUGCUGAUCAAGUUUGUGGACGGACUGCUUUUUGUCUUCAUCCUGCACUCUUUUCUUUUGGUUUUUUACAUGGUUGA